GCACGAGCCCCACACGCUCUGACAGUCACACACUCCGAACCCCCCAUGGCGUGCCACCUCGCCGCUGCCUGCGUCCCGCGCCUCGCCGUCGUUGCAUCCUCCGCCUCCGGGGACCCCGUCCGCCGUAUCCGGCGUCGCGCGCCGGGGUCGCGGCCCCAGAAAAUCCCCACGGCGGCUCCGGCCCAGCCGUCUGUCGCGGAGGUGCGGCGCGCCAUCGGCGCCGCUGACGACCCGUCCGCCUCCGGGAGGGAUAAACAGUCUGGUUUCAUGGAGCUCCUCGCCUCCACGCCGAUCGGGCAGCCGGAGAGCGACGCCGAGCGCCGAAUCCGCGAGGCCGCCGAGUGGGUGGUCGACAACACCGAGUCGCGCGCACAGGAAGGGCAAAAGUCUAUCUUGGUGCUAUGCAUGAAGAUCUUUCCUCUGUGGCUGUUCCUCAUGCUUACUGCCCUUGGAGUUAUAAAAUUACCAUUUGAUAUUCCCGGUCUGGAUAUGGAUAAUCUCCUAAUGUAAAGUGUUAGAUUGUUUCUUCUCCCAGCUAUAUGAGCCGCGGAUAUUUGAAAAGAAAAACAGUGAUAGAUAUUGUUCACACUAUUGAAGUUGCUUGUUUCGUUAAGGUAUGAAUAAAGUGUAUGACUGUUUCUCUUC